AUGCUCCGCAGCAUCCGCUCCAAAAACAUGCGCUACGUAUUCCUCACCAACGGGGGCGGCGCCCAUGAAGACGCCAAGGUAGCCUCCCUCAGCAAACGCCUCGGCCUCUCCAUCGACGAGGACGUCAUUCGGGACAGGGUAAUCUUGUCGCACACGCCCAUGCGCGGGUGGGCGGAUGAAGUGAAGAAGCAGACCGUUCUCAUAACCGGGUCCCACCCCGAGACCGCGAGGAAGAUUGCAAACGAGUACGGAUUCGAGCGUGCCGUCACACCAGCGGAUUUAAUCCACGCAAAUGGCGAUUUGUACCCCUUUGACAACUUGAAAGACACGCUGCAUUCGGAAUUCCGCCCUCUGCCAGACGGCAAGUCUGCGUCCGCCAUCAAAGACCCCUACAGCAAGAGUCUCGCUGGGAACGCUCUCAAAAUCGACCAGAUUCUGGUCUGGAACGACCCCCGAGACUGGUCGCUCGACAUCCAGGUCAUCCACGACCUGCUAGUCUCCCACAACGGCUACCUAGGGACCCUGUCUUCCAGGAACGGGAACCGCGGUCUCCCCAACAAUGGGUGGCAACAGGAUGGCCAGCCAGAACUCUGGAUCUCAAAUCUGGACCUUGUGUGGAAGACGGAAUACCCUGUGAAUCGAUUUGGCACUGGGGCGUUUCUCGAAGCCCUCAAGGGCGUUUGGUCGGCGGUUACGAAUGGCGCUGAGCUGCAUUAUAAUGCGCUGGGAAAGCCGUCACAGUUUACGUAUGACUACGCUCAUACACGGCUACUUCAGUACUAUUCUACCAUGAAGGGAGGUAGAGAAGCGGGUGGGAGGAAGGAUGCCACGCCGUUGAGGAGGGUGUACAUGAUUGGGGAUAAUCCAGAGAGUGACAUUCGCGGCGCGAAUGAGUAUUGUCCGGAGGACGGGACGGAGUGGGUGUCCAUCUUGGUGAGGACGGGGGUGUGGACGGAGACGGAGACGGAGCGGGAGCCGCGGUACAAGCCUGGUGCUAUUGUGGACGAUGUCGUGGAUGGGAUUGUUUGGGCUUUGAGGAAUGAGGGCGUCGAUGUUGACAGGAAGACGUUGCUUGCCGGGGGGGGAUAG